AUGUCUUGGGCAGGCCCGGAAGAUAUUUACCUCUCUACUUCUCUUGCCAGCUACCUUGACAAGAAACUCCUUGUAUUGCUACGAGAUGGAAGGAAAUUAUUGGGGACUCUUCGUUCUUUUGAUCAAUUUGCCAAUGCUGUUCUAGAAGGUGCCUGUGAGCGUGUUAUUGUUGGUGAUCUUUACUGUGACAUAUUAUUAGGUCUAUACGUAAUCCGAGGGGAAAAUGUUGUCUUGAUUGGCGAACUGGACUUGGACAAAGAGGAACUUCCUCCACAUAUGACUCGGGUAUCAGAAGUGGAGAUAACAAGGGCACAGAAGGCAGAAAGGGAAGCUUCUGAACUCAAGGGUACUAUGCAUAAGAGGAUGGAUUUCCUUGAUAUGGAUUGA